AGGGGUUUAAAGCCAUACAAAUGUAAAGAAGUUGUGACGAACUAACUGAAUGUAGUGAAGUUUCACAAGACCCACAGUAAUUGACUAACGUGUUCGCAGCAGACAAACAGUUUAAAUCCCGCUUUUUUUCACUAAAGAAGGGAAAUAAACCAUUUACCAUAGAUAUAAAUUAUUUCAGGGAUUAGCGUCUGAAAGCAGCUAUGGCUCCUUCUCUGGCCCAGGCCUAUCGUAGGCGGUGGUGGAUGGCGGUGACUGCGGUCAUAGAGAACCUGCUGUUCUCUGCUGUGCUGCUGGGCUGGGGAUCACUACUCAUCAUGCUCAAGAAUGAGGGCUUCUACUCACACCUCUGCAUAAACAAUGAGACAGUGUUCAGUAACAUCAGUUCGUGGGACAGUGGUAUCUGGCAUAGCUGCGUGGACCAGGAAGAGAUGUUGAAUCUGGGCUUUACCAUUGGCUCCUUCCUGCUGAGUGCAGCCACUCUGCCGCUAGGUAUCCUGAUGGACAAGUACGGGCCCCGCCCACUCCGCCUCCUCGGCAGUGCGUGUUUUGCUUUCUCUUGUGCCAUGAUAGCUGGAGCUGCCUACAACCCUGAAGUACUCUCGGCCCUCAUUUUCAUCGCGGUCUCCUUCAACGGCUUUGGAGGAAUCUGCCUGACCUUCACCUCCCUCACGUUACCCAACAUGUUUGGGAACGUGCGCUCCACUAUCCUGUCUCUAAUGAUCGGCUCCUACGCCUCUUCAGCCGUCACGUUCCCUGGAGUAAAGUUGAUCUAUGAUCUAGGUGUGUCCUUCAGGGUGAUUAUGUGGGUGUGGUCAGGGCUAGCCGGUCUCGUCUUCCUCAACUGCUUCCUUAAUUGGCCGGUGGAGUCUUUCCCCGCACCUGAGGACAUCAGCUACACCAAGGAGGUGAAGCUGAGUGGCAUGGUGAUGGAUGACAAGGUGACGGGGGACAGAUUCUACAGUCAUGUGACCAAGGUGGGAGAGAAGAUGGCUCCGAAGCAGCAGGAGCCAGAUCCCUCGUCAGAGCAGCUCCCAACAGGAGAACAGACACAGGGUGGCCCUCCGUUCCGUAGUUCAGUCUGCUCGCCCAUCUUCCUGUGGAGUCUCAUCACCAUGGCGAUGACCCAGCUGCGCAUCAUCUUCUUUAUGGGCGCCAUGAACAGGAUGCUGGAGUUCCUGGUUACCCACGGAGACCCACACCCCUCUAAGGAUCUAUUGAUGGAGGCAGAGCAACAAGUGGGUUUCUACUCGUCAGUGUUUGGCUCUCUGCAGCUGCUCUGCCUCCUCACCUGUCCUCUGAUUGGCUACAUCAUGGACUGGAGGAUGAAGGAGUGCGACGUAGACCAGAGCCAACUUGAACCCCCGAAGAGAGACAGGAAGAUCCAGAAACUGACCAAUGCCAUCCGCGCUUUCAUCAUCACCAACGUUCUACUGGUCAUCUUCGGAGUCAUCCAGAUGCUAGACAACCUGCCUGUACAGAUAAUUUCCUUCAUCGUCCACACCAUGGUCAGAGGUUUCGUCCACUCCUGUGCUGGAGGACUCUAUGCUGCUGUAUAUCCGUCCAAUCACUUUGGGACAUUGACGGGGAUGCAGUCUAUGAUCAGCGCGCUGUUCGCUCUCCUCCAGCAGCCUCUCUUCAUCAUCAUGGUGGGACACCUGGGAGGAGACCCCUACUGGAUCAACCUGAGCCUGCUCAUUGCCUCAUUGGCUGGAUUCCUGUUGCCUGGAUACCUGAUCUAUCACCGCAUGAACCUGAUGCGAGAGGAGGUGGAGAAGCGUGACAGGGAGGCCGCUAACCAAUCAGAAAGAGAGAGAGAAACCUUACGGCAAUCAGAAAAUGGCCAUACCAAAAACCAUGCUAAUGGACAUCUCAGCAAUUAAGCCUAAGAAUCUUGACCAAACUAACAGUCAAAUAUCAUAGUCGUUAAUUGUAAAAUAUCAUUAUAGACCAUCGUCAUGAUGAUGACAUUGAUGGUUGUCAUUUUCAACAAGGACAGUGAUGACGAUGUUGUGCACUGGAGUUUGGACUUGGGUCCAUGUCGCCCUUUAGCCCUUUUUAAUUUGACAUCAAAAUACACACUCAAUAUACUUAUUAGUGUUUUAGGUAUGACAUGCCAAAGAAAUCCUAAAAUAUACAUUUAACUCAUUUAUUUUAUUUAUAAACAUGGAAAUCUCAAUGGAAAUCGAGGUUUGGCAAUUCAAUAACUAAGCAAUAAUAUUUACGAUGACCAAAAAUUCAAUGAAGGUUAUUAGUGCCAUUUCAGGUCACCCUUCAACCAACCGGAAGCACAGCUCUCAGUAUUCUGUAGUAGACAGGAACUGGAUCACUUUCGCCAUCAGAUUGGCUGGUGUAACGUUGAACUACCUCCCCCACCCAACUCUCACCACACCACAGUCACUUCAUUCAUUUAGGCCUAGCAGCCAGUCUGGUAGUAAUAUUUUAUCAGUCAGUGUUUGUUUGUCCUUCCCGGUUCCCUCCCUGUAUCUAUACUUGUCUUUAUUUUGUCUGUACAUCCAGCGGAGAAUACAGAUUAGGAGGAGACAAAGUGGGAAUGGUGGAGAAAGGGAACCUCAGUUUCCAAAUCCAUGUGCCUAGACCACCAGCCCAGGGGGCCUGCACAUCCCUAUUAUUUUGACUAUCAAUCUGCACCUGCAAUCUUUCCCCGUGUCCCCUUCUUUAUGUCCAUGUCAGACCUGUCAUUGUAAGUCCACUAAGUACUAUGCCCAGUUGGUCAAGUGUGCGGCUGUGUCUGAAAUGGCACCCUAUAUAGUGCACUACUUUUAACCAGGGCCCAUAGGGUAAAAGUUUGGACACACCCUGGGUCACUUCCGCUAUGUCCCUGUGUUCAUCCCAGAGUUAGUAUUUGAAAGUCUCCGUGCAUCACAAUGUGUCCACCCGAAAUGUGGGAUGAGUCCCAAAUGGCACCCUAUUCCCUAUAUAGUGCACUACUUUUGACCAGAACCAUAUGGGCCCUGUUCAAAGGCAGUAUACUACAUAGGAAAUCGGGUGCCAUGUGGGACACAACCUAGGUUUUGAGAUGACAUAAUCAUCCAUUGUCGUUUCAGCCAAUCAUAGCUAAGUUCAGGACAGUGGUACGGUGUAUGAGGUGUUGUGCAGGCACAGCCUAGUUUGUAACAAUAUUGAUGGAAUUUUGUUUUUAGAGAAUCAUGUUAUUGAACUUGUUGCAUAUCAUGAAAUUGGAACGUGAAAUGUCUGUGUAGUUAUAUAGAAAUGCCAAAUCAGUACCCGAAACCUUUAAGGUCAGCUAUUACACUUGCGCUUUUACGGAGAGCUGUAGAUUAGUUUUACAAAAAAGUAUUUAUUUGUAUAAACGUGGGAAAGAAAGAGCACUUGACGAAAGCUGAUUCAAUCUGGAGAACCAACCAACCAAACAUCUUGAAAUUUUAAACAGUAUUUACAGUUAACAGUAUUGUAUGAGAGAAAAUCAUAUACAGAUGUGUUGGCUCAAAUCAACUCCAAAAGCUUGAAUCUGGUCAACCAACCGUCUUCAAGUGUUUAAAAACAAAACAUUAUUUACAGUUAACAGUACUGUAUGAGGUCAAAUAAAACAGUAUUUACAGUUAACAGUACGGUAUGAGGUCAAAUAUAACAAACUGUAUUACUAGUUAACAGUACUGUAUGAAGUAAGAUGGAUGCACCUGAACCCCAAUAUCACUGUCCCCAUGACAACGAAAGUAGAACCACCUCAUUGGAGCAGGGCUUCAUUUAGCAGGUACAUUGUGGCUGCUAGGCUAUUUAUUUAGGGUACAGAACAUCCCAAAUGGCACCCUAUUCCUUAUAUAGUGCACGACUUUUGACCAGAGCCCUAUGGGGUCUAUGGUCAAAAGUAAUGCACUAUAUACACUAUAUAGGGUAUGGGGUGCCAUUUAUAAUGGAGACAUAGUGUGUAUGAUGUAGUAGCGCUUGAAUCUAAAAGAUAAUACUGUCAUGUAAUAAUGAAUUGAAUUAUUCAUAAAUGAAAUGUGUGUGCUUUAUUGUAAGUGCCUGGGAAGCAAGUAUUUUUUUGUGCUAGCCUGGUCCCAGAUCUGUUUGUGCUCUUGCCAACUCCAUUGCUCAUUGUCAAGCCAAACAUGGCAUGACAAUGAGUGAAAAGAAGUUGACAUGAUAGCACGAACAGACUGGCACUCGGGCUACUUUUGUGCCCAUUCCCACAAAGAACAAUGUAGCGGUAUGUGUAGUACCUAUAGAAGCCUGAAAUGCACUAUGAGAAUGUAAAGCCAUAGUUUUGCUGCAUAUGCUUGUUGGAAGUUUUCUCAUCUU